CGCAAAAUUCUCCAGCUUCAGUGACUUCUACAGACAUCAACCGCCUCACCUUAACCCGUAACCCAACCCAGAAGAUGGAGAUGGCCUACAACAAGAAGACAAAGGUGAAGAAAGGUUGGCUGGUGGUGGCCGUCGGCCUCGACGGCGAUGAAGCCCCCAACGGCGACGGAUUCCGGCGAUUCCCCAUUCCAAUAUCUUAUCUUCACCACCCACUGUUCCAGAGGCUUCUAGAGUCCGCGCGAGAGACCUACGGUUACAAGACGGCUGGCCCGCUGCGUCUUCCAUGCUCCGUCGAAGAUUUCCUUCACCUCCGGUGGGUCAUCGAUCGGGAACAGCGCGCCGGCGGGAGCCACAGUACCCUCUCCCUCCAUGCUUGCUGAUAUGCGUCUCUCUGUUUCAUGUAUUAUAGGGUACUGGGGAUCUGCUCCUCCAAAGAAUUGAGAGGAGUUGCAGCGUGCGCCGCUUGUUUGUGCGCCUAAGAAUCUAGAGAACUUUUGAUGUAAAAAUAAGGACUUGAAAUGAUUCUUGCUGUGUUUAAUUUGCCGAGGAGAAGAUGAAGAUGGAAAUGAAACUAAUUUUCAUGUGUCCCACUAAUUUUCUUGUGGUCUUCAUUCUGUACGGGUAGAAUCAAUCGGCAUCAAUUUUAAAAAUAGGCAAACUAUUAAAUGUUAAUUUUCAUUUAAAUAUUAAGCUGAAAAUCUAUUCAGAA